GUUUAGACUCAGUGCCUUCUCUGCAAUAAAUAUCCUGGUUUAUUUUAAUCAAUUCGGCCCCUCGCACUCUUCGCUCAGCAGGUUCAAAGCAUCAAGCUAGACGGAAUAGAAGAAAAAAAAAGCUAGAACCGAUAACACGAUGAAAGCUUAUACUUUCUUGAUUGCCUUGUGGUUUGCUUCCUCGAUGGCAAGUGGUACCCAGGAAUUUACGGAGGAAGCUGUUCGUAGCAGUGACUGGCGUGAAAUGUCGCUAAUUAGGCAUGAACCCUUUGUUCAACUCGCUCCGUUUCUGGCCUUUUCUGAUGGCAAGCUAAUCGCACCAUGGGGCAGCACUGAUGCAACCUUCAAGCAUGCAAGUGACAAUGCGAAGGUUACUUUCCAAUGGUGUAGCGACAGAGAAGCUGGGAUCGUUAGGAACCUUUCCACCUGUCCUAUAGCAUUUGUAUUGCGAGAUGUAGAUGGCCGAAAAUUUGUAUGCGGUUUUGAUGUUCCACCCCUAUUGUCACAGGUGGUCGAACUUCCAGCGAGACGGCAACAUGGGUGGGUGUGUCUGAAUAUUAAAGGAAAGCAAGGAAAUAUUGGACAGACUUCUACCGCCCAACAGUAAUCUGGCAAGACGAAGGCUGGAUCAACUUUUGAAGAUGUUCAACCCCGUGGAUACAUUUGAACAAUAUAUUUCACUGCUUGUUCAUCUACCUGACUCUCCUUUAAAGAUUCUUCGUCAAAUUGUUGCUGUUGUGUUGAGGUGGUUUUCUCUCUUGAUUCACUUCAAUGGGGAGCAAUUCAUUUCUGUGGGUUUUCUUCAUGUCAAA